GACAUUUUACAGUAUUGACUGUGUCCGUGCCGUUGUUGUAAAUAUUGUUUAUUUUCGGGUUUUCCGCGUUUUUUUCAUACGUUUUGGUGUAUGUUGGGUGUUCCGCGUGUUGUGACCGUAUCGGUGCAAUGUUCCCAGUGCCAACGGGCCAAUGGAGACAGCAGUAAUCCCGGUUAAAGUUCCGCCAUAGUCACAAAACUGAGCGAGAAAGCCUCCUUUGACAUGGCAACCAUGGUUCGCCGCCGCAGCAGAGCCUUUUUAGAAUAAAACCAUGGAAAUAGAGGUAAAACAAAGAAACAGGAGGCGAAAACGCGCUCAGCGUAUGCAGCAACAAUUAAAAGAAACACAUGUUAAUAAGGCUAAUGCCGACGAGAGCGAGACGGAAGAUGUCAUCCACAAGAAACCUCCGCGACCCCCCAACCGACGAAAAAAACAAAAGGACCUCCUCAAGGAACCUCUCUGCGAGGAGGAUAUUAUUGAAGGAUUCUCCAUUCUCCAAUUCAGAUCCUACGAGGAUUUAGAGUUGGUGGUAAAAAUCGCUGCGAAAGAGGGUAUCAAACGCCUUACCGAAGUCGAGAGGCCAAAGCUUGAACCUAAGGCGCAUAUUACCAAUCACAUUUUGGUACAUAAUAAUCAUAAUGGUUUAACGUUAAACCACGACCCGGCGACUAGUGACGAUAGCGGUCGGGCUUCGGAACGGUUAACCGGUUCGUCGGUCGUUUCCGUCGCGCCUCGUGAACGCGAUGCUGACAGCUCGAGGGAUCGGUUAAGUGACGCUAGUAGUAGAUGCAGUUCAGGCAAAGGAUAUAUCUGUGAUAGUGAAGGAGAAGAUGACAAGGGCUCCGAUGCAAGUUCGGUGAUCUUCCCUUCUGCGCCGUCGGGACGCAAACACGAAUUUCCCGGUGCGCUGCCGCCGAGCCUGCCCAGUUUGCCUCAUGGACCAGGAAGUAGUCCGGUACCGGCGCCGACGCCGCUCAACCUGCCGGCACCGUCGCCCGCGCCUGCGCAACAGCCACCGCAUCAUCCGCCGCAGGCGAUACCGUCGGCUACGGUAGCGCCCGCGGUGGGCGAGGGCGCAGGUCUGGGCGGUGCCGCUCAGCCGAUGGGCAGCGCCGUGCAACCGCAGGCGGCUACGGUGAAACCGGAAAUUGCGCCGGCGAUGCCCAGUGCUAAGGUGCCGCAGGUCCCUGUGAGUGGUCAAGAUAUCAAGCCACCUACAACAAUCUCGCAGACUUGUGCGCCACCGGCAGCGGUCGCUCCCCAGCAACCUCCGCUUUCAUCGAUGCCUCCAGCGACAGCUCCAGUUCCUCCACCGGCAGCUGCCCCGGCAACCCACCAUCAUCCAUCGGCGGCCCUCGACCCUGCCGCUCAUGCUGUUGGUCGAACGGACAGCCCGGCCGUUGCCACGUCAGCAAACGCUGCUGUGGCACCUACUCCCGGGCAGUACCAUCAUUCUUAUCAGCCUCUCUACACUCCAUAUGCUUACACCUCUAAUCCUCCCUAUCCUAGCUCCGUCCCUUAUCCUACACCACCACCUUCGUCAACGACUGUAGCACCGUCGAUUCCUCCGCAGCAAACACCUCCAAUAAAUACGCAAUCUCCUGCUGUUACGGCGGUUCCUCUUACCGUGGUAAGUCAGCACCAGCCGACCGUGGUACCGCCUGUAUCGAUGGUUAGUGCUGCGACGACUCAUCAUCAGAGUAUGGACCAUUCGCCUAUAGUGGCUAAACGGCCGCACUCGCCACCCAAAGUACCGAUGAGUCCCAGAGGAGUGGAUGCGGUUGUUAGGGAACGGGAGAGCUAUAGUAGCGUGACGUCGUUAAGCCGUAGCAGUGUUCGAACGACGACGCCUGUCCAAAGUCAUCCGUUGGCUCCUUCCACCGCAGUGUCUUCUAGUCUAACAGCGCCCGUGCCCGCGGUCGCUCAACCGUCACCAUUGGCUAAGCCAUGGGCGACUCCUGCGUCGGUCGCCGCGCCGACUCCCACCGCUCCCGUUGCUUCGAGGUUAAGUCCGGCACCUCCUCGACCAACUGCAGCUCAGCCCUUACACGGGACAGCUUAUCCUCCAACGGGAGCACCGCCACUGUUUGCGCCCCCAACCCUGGCAGCGCCCGUGGUGUCCACCGCGAGUCCGCUGGCUCCGACCGCCCCCACUGCUACCAAUCCCAAUCCAUUUUCGGCAGAGAGUCUUUUUCAAACAAAGAAACAUUCGUUUCCAGAUCAGGCGGAUAUGCUACGAAGGGAGCUGGACAAUCGGUUCCUCGCUUCGCAGGAUCGCGCUCUCGGAGUGGCUCCUCCUCCAUACCUGCGCACUGAAAUGCAUCAACAUCAGCACCAUCAUACGCACGUGCACCAGCACACGACGUCACUGUUGCCACCACCUUCUGCUUCUGCGUUGUUUUCAAGUCAGAUGCCGCUAUCUCCAAUGGACAGGCUAACUAGACGAACGCAGAGCAGUUUUAAGGAUAUUCCAAAGAUCGGCAGCGUGGACUCUCCGUUCUAUAGACAAGGCUUAGGCGUGCCGGGAUAUCCUGGAUAUUCUCCGGGUUUGAUUGGACAUCCGGGAUUGGCCACAGGGCCUGGAGGACCUUUUGUUCCACCUACACAUGGAAUGCCUUUUCAGCCAAAAUCGCUGUCCGCCUCAGACCCCACUAAGCCCAAAAUCGUGAAAUCGGGCAAAUGGAACGCUAUGCACGUGCGGGUGGCAUGGGAGAUCUAUCAUCAUCAGCAAAAGUCGGGAGACGCGAAAGGAACAUUAUCAGCGAUAUCGGCGAAACCGGGUGUACCGAGUACGGCGGACAUUCUGAGGGCGCCAUCCCACCUUUUCUCGCCGGGUAUGCAUUCGAGACCGCCAGAAUUGGGGCCUUAUCCACCGUCUUUGGCUCACAGAUCGGUUGGUUACGACCAACCCCCUCACCAUCCUGGUAGUUUGUUUGCAACAUCUGCUGGUCAUUUAGGUAAAUCGCCAUUUUCCGCUACCUCCUCAAUGUCACCAUUUACAAGGUAUGCGGGCGGACCUCUGGGAGGAUCCACAACAUCGCCGUUCUCUAUGUCACCUUUCGCGCCAUCUCGAGAUGCUGGCCAUCUUGGACUUAGCCCCUUGCACCACGACCCUUGGAGGAUGCAACGGACUUUACCUGGAUUUCCUCCAUCGGUUAAUCCCCUGCCUCCCUCUCUACCCGGGCUCCCACCAGGACCGGCCCCUUGGACCUUAAAACCCGAUCCGGUACUGGAACAGAGGGAAAGAGAAGCCAGAGAAAGAGAAGAGCGGGAACGGGAAAGGUUAAGAAGAGAAAGAGAGGAACGGGAGAGAAGAGAACGGGAAGAGAAACAACGACGACUUGAGCAGCAACAGCAGCAGGAACGCGAACGAGAACGCCGGGAAAAAGAACGAAGAGAAAUGGAGCGGCGAGAAAACGAGAGGAGAGAACGGGAACGAGAAAUGUUGCUACAUCAACAACGAUUAGCGGCCGAGUCAGCAGCGAAGCAAACAAUGUCGGCGCCGGUUAUUCGUGAGAGAUCGCCUCUGCGAAAUGGACAACCGGAAAUGGCUGAUAUUAGAGUUAAGGAAGAGCCCAGACCUGUUGUUAAGGAGGAAGAUUUAUUAGCAAGGACGGACCAUAGGUAUCAUCCUUAUCUACGACAUCCGAGCUCCUUACAACCGCCACCGCCGUCCGCGUUGGACCGAUCUCGAAUGUUAACGCAUCCGCUACCGCCCCAUUAUGCGCCGCCCGCUUCACAUUGGCCCCCUACCACCAUGGCAUCGGAUCCGUUCUACAGAUACGGAUACAAUCCGUUAAUGGAAACGAUGAGGCCGUUAGAUGAUAGAGCAGCGGCGGCAGCUAGUUAUUAUGGUGCUUAUAAUGCCGCGGCUGCGCACCACGCCCAGUUAAGAUACGCAAUCGAUAACAGUAUGCGCGGCCACAGCAGUCCACACGUGCAGUUUAACGGUGUCAAAAGAGAGUCCGUAGAUCAGAAAUUAAGCGACCAUUUCUCGUCGUCCAGACCCAAGGACCCGUCGAUGCUACACAUGAGAGGGGGCCCGGGUCCUCCGCCUCCCGUACAUAAAAUGAGCGGCACUCCCCCCAGCGAAUUGCACAAAAAGGAGGAGUCCCGAUAGCAAUCGGACCACACCAGCGCCGCGCAGCUGAGUAACUUGUAAUUAAUAUCCAGUGUAUAAAAAUGGUCUUUCAUUAGAUUUUGCUGCUGAUUGUGCUGUAAUUAUGAUAUUGUAGCGGCAGUAUUAUGAGAGUGCGAAUUUAUUUUCCGAGCGGUGCCAUUGUACGAUGAUAUAAAAGAAUGCGGAGCAUUUUCCAACAAUACAAGUGAAUGUUUUAAAAUGGUUUUUGGUUAAGAGAUGUAUGUUAGUUGCAAAUCCCAGUGUUCAUAGAAGAUUAACCUUUAGAUAGAUCUAGGAAGAUAUUAAAUUAAUUGUAGGUUAAUUAUGCCCAGUGUUCAGAAGUCUUACUUAACCAAACGUAACCUGGAUAUUUCUUGAUUUUAUCUAUGAAUAAAUUUAAUAAUGAUGAUGGCAACAUGGUGAUAAAGAAUUCAUUAAAAAAGUUUUUUGGGUUAUACAUUUUUAUAUGACCAGAAAUAGUAGUAUGUUUUUUAUUCAAUGGUUUAAUAUAAGUAACAAGAGUUAAAAGGUAUAUUUAUUUCAAAUAUAUUCCUGUAAGGUUUCUUUCACCUUAAGCGGAUUUGAUAGCUCAUUUUAUGUAUAUUACAAAAAAUAUAAAAGAAAUAAAUAUAUGAGUUUCGCGUCUAUUUUCGAAAUAACUAUAAGAUAUUUUCUAGUAAUUCCCAGAAAAAUUAUUUGUGAUGCCAGAGGUCCAGUUUUUAUUCAAACAAUAAUUCCUUGAAUUAAAAAAGAAAUGAAUUGAUUUUUAAGGAAUAAUAUUUUAGUAAAUAACAUUUUUUCUUGUUUUACAUAAUAUGUAUAUUUUCUGCAUUGGAGAAUAAGAAAAUUCGGUUCAUGGAAAAAAACGCAUAAAAAUAAUUUAAAUUUUUAAAUAAAUUGACAACAUUUUGCAACUCAAUUUUACUAAUGUAAAUUAUUGUAUUGCAAUUUUAGUGCCGUUCUAUAUUCUAAUCUGCGAAAAAAAUCCUUUUAUUUAGUUAGAAUUUCAUAAUUAUCAUUGACAUGACUAGUAUACUAAUUCAAAUUUGAUUAUGACUCCGUGGAAGUUUAAUGCACUGGAAACUCGAUUAAUUGCGACUAAUUGUUUCCUAAAUGUAUCCGGAUAAUCGAAAUCUCGGUUAAUUGAUUUAGAAUUUAAAUUGAUUAGAUUAAUAGAAGAUGAUUUUGUACAUUGUAUUAGGCAUAUAUCACAGGUUCAUUAUGAAACAAAAGAUGUAUUUUCGUACACACAUUUCUUAAAAUUACUAGAAUAUUAUAAUCCUUAACAUAUUUUUUUUAAAACAACAAAAAUCUCUUAAAGUUGUCUCUGUAGUUUAAUUAGUUAUUUGUCACAAGCAGUUUUUUUUAUUCGUUGUUCCUACUUUACGCAUUCGUUAUUAUUUUAGGCAUCUCACAGUAUCCCACUCUGUUUGCUUUUCCAGCCAUCUGAAAGCUAUUUCCAGGGCUAGUUUUCGCAUGAGACGGUCUUGCAUAAUUUUUUACAUGCGUUUUCUUCAGGUUUAUCUUCGCGCAUUUCUUUCUGUUCAUUUGCCUACCUUGAUUCAUUUGCCUAAUUUAAAAACCUUGUGAUCAUUACUACUGCUCCUUUACAUCUUCAGUACCUCUUUUCCUGGCAAGUUUUUCCCUAGGGAACAAAUUGUUCUUUAAAGUUUUAUAUCAAAUCCCACGCAUCUACAACAAUAUAACAACAUUCCUUUUUAAACUUGCUUGAAAAAUUACUUCACGUAACCCAAUCAAUAAUAGAUCGAAAAAAUGGUUUUCGAUGAAGUCAAUUUAAUGUUCCAAUAACACACUGAUUCUUGGAUUUACCAAUAGGUAGCAAAGUCAUUUUAAUUGUAUUGGUAGCGCAAACUAAUCUUGUGACUCGCUCGUUGCUUUACUACCUCGAGUUCCAAUUAAUUCUAUUUCAUAAAUGUCGUAGUCAAUUCAUAGUCAUUUUGGCUGAAUUGGUAUUAAAUAGUUACGCGAUUUCCCCCAUUCGUAAUCAACAUUACGAGAUUUUCACCUGUAGAACUAUCCAUCACUUGAUACAUACAGUUUAUCACCUUUUAAAGUUUUUUUCGAUUAUUAUAGUCUUAUAAAUUUAAUUUUUAAGUUGGGUUAAGUUUUUGUUAAGAUUACAUGUUAUAUUUAAUAUCUGAUAGCAUACAGACUUAUUAUCCAUACAUACACAUGACAUUUUAUUCAAAGUACCUGGUUAUACUGCACUUUCCAUAACUUACCACACUAUUCACUCUUGACAAAAUAUAAUAACCCAAAAAAAAAGUUGAAACUAAUAUUAAUCUGGUGGUACAGGAGGUAUAAAAUAAAAUUGAAAGAAUAAUUUUUUAAAGAUUGAAGUAAAAAAGCUGAUAUUUCUAGUCAUAUCAUAUGAGUGUAUAACCUGGAAAAGACACUUGACCAUAUUGAAUUUUAUUACUUUAGCGGAAAACCCACUUUUAAAUCACCAAUUUCCAACAUCCUUUCGUAGAUAAGAUCAUGAAAACACUCGACUUAAAAAUGACUCCACUUUUAGCAAACAAAAAAAAAUGUUCUAUACCCAUAAACCGGGUCGCGCAUUUUCCAUGUAUUCACAAAGUGUUGUUAAACAACCGCAAAUGGCAAAAAAAUAAAGUAAAUUCGCGAUGUAUGAUCUCAAAAUGUAAAAUCUUAAUCAAAAGGAACGUUUCUUUUUUGUAUAGCGAGUUCCUCAAAAUAUUUUUACAUUUUAUUGUGAACGUAGUCGUAAUUGAUAUUCGGCAAUACGUGUUGUAGCGAUGCAUAUAGUAUUUCUUGGGCGGUCCUACCAGUGGGAAAACGGGCAUUUUAUGUCGUGUUUCAAAUAUUUAUCCAAUCAUUUCACAUUUAAGAAUGUAUGAAAUGAUUGGAAAUUCUAAAUUGUUAAAAAUAUGAGAGUACAAAUUUUUAGGCUAUUCAAAGUUUUAUUAAAGUAGACUUUGUAGGUCGUGUGUUUCGUCGAAUUACAUGUUUUAGAAGAAAAACCGUUUUCCCAGGUACGGAACUACAAAACUGACAUGGAAACUCAUUUUUUUAAGGCCUCGAAGCGAUUCAAAGUGAUAUAAGACAAAUCCGAUUACGAGCGCCUUAGAAAAAUAAUGGUUUCUCUUAAAACAAAAAAACCACAACUCUUUUAUUUAAGCAACAAAAUGAUACUAGGAUCUUUGUGUUCAUUACUGAUUAAAUAUGUGCAGCACCCUUAGGGUGAUUGUAUGUAGGGUUGGGGAGUCUUUUUCUAGAAAUCCCUUGUACAUAGUAGAACUUGGCGUUUUGUUUUUAUUUCAAUAAAUAAUAAAAAGCGCAUCUAGUAUCAUUUGUUAACUAGGUUGUUUUUGGAAAGUUUGAUAUUAAUGAAGCUUAGAACCUUUUUUCUCACAAGACAGUCAAUAUAUUUAAAUAAGUUUAAAUUUGAGAAUAUCAAUUAAUAGAGUUAUAUUCAGUGGUUGCCCAUAAAAAAAAAGAUUAGCCGUUUUCUUUUCAAAUUUAUUCACCAUAUUAAAUAUUGUAAUAGAAUUUCUUGCAAGGCGUUGUGUGAGUUUUUCAAAGGUGUUCAAUCGGAUUUAAAUCCAGGGAAUUUGAAGGCCACUCGUAACACUAACACACUUGAACCACUCUUUACUACAUAAUCCAUAUGCUCUGUAUUAUUCUCUCGGUGAUGGACUCUAAAGUCUAAAGCCUUUAAAGUUUCUAAGUAGAUUUGUUUGGUCAUGUCUUUUUGUAUCAACAUCAUCAAAUGAAUCGCACCCAAGUGAAUUAAAUUCUGCAUUAACACGUUCUUUUACAUAACAUUUUCUACGGAAAUCGAAUAAACUAUAGCAAUUUCUAAAAAUAAGUUUUGUUUACUUAAAGGCAGACCUUUUCUAGCAACUGUAAUCUGUUGUAGCCGUCUUAUUAUGGCUCUUCUUAGACCAAGAUUAUUUUUUAACUGUGGAAGUAGCAAAUAAGUCUAUUAGAACCUGGCAUUCACUAUGUUUAUCUAAUUUUCUAUUAGACCGACCCUUCAAUAAAUACUAUAGAAAUUGUUUUGGGUUUUUCACUAUAAUGCUAAAUGUUUUUCUUCACUAGUACAAUGUCUAGCACGACAGGUUUGCUGUAAUCCAGAGGCAAACCUUAUUAUUAUUAUUUUUUUGACCACUGACCAAUAAGUAUUACAACUUAAGGAUAUUUAUUAGUGACCAUAAAAGAUGCUUGUUAUAUUGCAAACUAGUAAAUAUUUAUAAAUCAGUUAAUACAAGUCUAAUACUUUAUUUACUAUGGUUAAUCAAUCAUAAUGAAAAACCUCGUUAUAAAUUAGUGUUGAUUUUUAUUUUAUUUGCCGCUACUUUAUAUGCAAUGGUGUCUAAAUUAUGUUGUUUUUCGAGGAUUUCUAUUCAAUAAAGUAGAAAACUUUUAAAAACUAGUACAUUUGCACCACUGCAUUGGUUUUACGCAAAUGCUAUAAGUUAUUGAAAAAAAUUGUAUAAAAUAAAAGCCAAAAAAAUAAGUAUUUAAAUAUUUAAGUUUCAAAUUCAACGACUUCUUUUAACUCUUCAUUUCAAUAAAUACAAUUAACUGCAGCCUAAUAAGCAAUAAAAAAUAAUGAGGUUGUAAUUUAAAAUCAAGAUUAAACUAGUUUAAUAACCUUUUUUUUAGCAAUUUGUUUAGAUGAUUAAUAUUGGGCGAAGAUUUUUAACUUUGCAAUAUCAACUAUUUUGAAAUACGUAGAUGUCUCUUGUAUGUGCUAAGUAGAAAAUAUUUUUUUUCUUUUUGACAUAUCAAAACCUCGUCUUAUUAUUUUCACGGAUUCUUCAAUUCACUAAUAUAAAUUUAAUAAUUGGUUUAUUUAUUUUUUUUUGUUAAGUAAAGUUUUUCCACAGAUUUUUAAUUAAACAGAACGGUAAAUUGAAUCUCAAUAAUAAAGAACAAUGUUGAAUUAAGAAAGGUUUCUAAGCUUCCAUUAAAAAGAACUUAAUUAUCCUGUUAUUUAAAAUCAUUAGUAGAAAACUGCCUAAACAAUUAUUAUUGUCAAAAAAAAUGAGAUGUAAAUAAUGUAUUUACAAGAAGCUUUUUGUGAAAAAUAAACCCUUUAAACUAACGUGUACCAUAAUGAUGUCACUUAAUAAUUUUAAUUUAUUUGUAUAUAUUUUUAUAGGUAAUUUAUUAUUUAUUAAGACUGAUGACCCAUCAUCUUAUUAUUUCUUUGUUGUAGGUAACUUUUUUAUGUUAUUUUAAUUUGUAAAUUAUGUAAGCUUCCCUUAAAUAGUGUCUUUUUAAUAAAUAAUUUUGCAGUAAGCAAUGUUUUUGAUCAUUGUUAAAGCUAAAACUUUUUAUACCCUUGUUUAACUUAUUUUAUUAUUUAUACAGGAAGUAAUAAUGGAUAAAAUAUUAAGCAACAUCUAUUGUUCAACAUCGUUCAAUAUUCCAUCCUGUAUAAUAAAAUUGUAGUAUACAGAGUACCCAAAAGGCAUGCACAAUACUAAAAUCAAAAUUUGAUAAAUAUUUUUUCUAAUUAAUCCAAGAAUUUGUGACUUGUACAUGCCUUCUACAAACUCAUUGUAUUUUCUUAUUAUCAGAGCUGCCUUAUUGAAUUUUAUUGCGCUUUGUAUAUUAGCGCCCACCGGAAGGAUUAUGAACAUUUUAGUUGUAGAAUUAGAACGGACCAAAAUAGAAAUUAAUAUAAAUAUAAAUUUACAGUAAAGUGGAUCAAAUCUGAGGGUAAGCGUGAGCAUCUAAACAUAUUAUCGAAAGAAACGCAUUUUCUAAAAUAUUUAUUUAAUGUACCCCUUCGGUGUUGGUUAUACAUUUUUCAGCAGGGUACUGAGGUGAAAUCAAAAUAAUACCAGCUUGCUUUUUAUCAAAAUAAGUGGACCAAAUUUACUUUGUUUUGUUUUAGAGUUGAUUCUUUCGGUGGCGCGCAUUUUGAAUACUCAUAAGGUCAGUCCGAUACUUUUGUUUGUUUCCAAGCCUAUCCAGAGUACAAAAUUUCGUAGAGCUGCAAUUUGUUUAAAACCGAUGGUAGAAAAUAUUAAAAUUAUGUCAAUUAUCAAUUGAGAUGGGAUUGAUUAUCAAUCAUAGUUAGUUGAUCAUAUUAAUUUAUGAUUAACUAUCAUACGUUACUGGUUAUUAAUGAGUGUAUUAGUAUUUUUAUUUUCCGAAGGGUCUAAAGAAUUCUAAGAUAUAUUCGAUUUCUAGCAAAAUAUGGAAAAAAAAUAUUUAAAAAAAAAUCUUCUCAAACCAAUCAUCUAACUGCCAUUAUGUUGUUUAUAAAAAAUGUUUUAUUUGCCAAAAUUGCAUCGUCUAUUUGACCGCAAGUGAAUAUAAUGAAUAAAUUACAUUAUCGGUUGAGAAGGUUCUGCGAGAAAGAAAUUUCACUUGAAAGUGACAAUGGAACUACCUUUUGACAAAAAUAUUACUGCUUAAGAUUUUAGGUACAUUGAUCUACUUUCUUCUAGAUCAUACUCAAAAGACUAUCCAAAUAGCGGUUUUCUUUCAAGUGAAUAAAGUUUUUAAUUCAGUUGAACUCAUAAAGAAUAUUAUUAAUUUAACAGGGAUUUCUCAUUUGAAAACUGAUGAACUAGUGUAUGUUCUUCAUUUCACUAGUACACAAUUUACAAAGAGGAGUUCAACUCCUCGUUUAAUUAAUCAAGUUUUAAUUAGUUUUUGUAUAUGAAAUUAAAAAAAGUGAUAAAAUUAACACAAAUUUAGUCACAUUUUUUUAAAUAAAAUCAUAUAUAGAUUUCCUGGCAUUUCUAAAACCGAUCUUUAAUUUGCCACUCAAGCUCCAUAAAUACAGUUUAUCAAAAGUGGCGCAGGGUCGCAUCAACAUAUUUACCGAGAUUAAAAGAAAAUCACGAAUUCAGAUCUGAACAUCGAGGGGACCAAAUUAUCUUCAAGAAAUAGUUUUUCUAGAAAAGUGCAAUUCGUGAUUGCGUCUACCUAUAGUCAAGUUUAAUAGUUGCAGCCGUCAAUUUUUUUAAAAACAGAAGGAAAAUGACUCUCGGUAAUAAUUGCACUAUUGAUUACUCCUCCGUUAUACCUCGAGACCUUUGAACAAACUUUUAGAGUUUUUUAUUGAGUAACAUUAAAUUGUAAUUAUAAUACAAAUGAAUUUUAAGUGACCUUCGUUAAAAAAUAAAAGAUUAAUAACCUACGCUGGUUUGAACUCUUGUGCAACUAUUAAUUUUAAGUAUACUUUCACUCCAUUAGAACCAGUUCAAUAAAUGAUUUACAACUAACUACUUAUCUAACUGUAUGUAUAGUUGCUUUCCUAUCUGCUUACUUAAUUCAGAGCAUUAACCCAACAAAACUUACACAUUUUUUUUAAUAGUCAUAAUUAAAUUGUGAAAAAUACAAUAUAAGGUAGCUCUACAAAAUUUUGGACACUCUUAUAUUUUAUUGCUUAUUCUCCAAGGCCUCUCUUGACAUUCAUAUUUUUAUAAACAAUAACUUAUUUUAAAAUAAUGGUGCCAUUAGCAAAUGACUUUAUUUAAUAGGUAAAUUAGUUCAAUUUUGCCAAAUAAUAUCGAAAUAAUUUGCUUGGGUAGAAAUGGAGCAUACUGGAAGAAAAUAAGCAUUUAUCAUUAUUCCACCGGUAGAUUCUUCUUUUUUAUUAUUUCUAGUUUCCAGUUUUUACUUUAUUCUAUUCAUAGUCUUGACUUCAAAUUGUUCUGUAUAAGAAUUUAACUGGACUAGCUUCAAUAUAUAUGCUGCAUUACUACCCCGAUAAACGUAAUAGAAUAUUCUGUCCUGGCCUUGGUCUUCAUGAAUUUAAUAGUCAACCACCCAUGACACCAUUCACUUUUUUCUCCAAUAUUUACAUUUGUAGUAUAGCAUUUUUAAUAUGGUGGUGUCACGGGUGCAAUAUACACUUGUAAUUGUAAAAUGAGAAAAAAAAACGCGUGUAAAUACUCCCGCCUUUUUAAAAAUAAUAUAGAUAAAAGAAUAUUCUGUGCUCCCUAAGUGUUUGUUAGAAGAUUACAAUUUUUUAUGUGUACGAUUCUUAUAUGAAUCGACGUGAUGUAUUAUAUUGAAUAAAUAUUGUUUCUAUAAUAGUAGAAACAUUUAGUCAUA